UCUCUUUGUGGUGAACACGAAUAACCUGUCCUGGGAUUCCCAGCUCAGCAGGCUUUCAUGCGGUGAGGUCCAGGUCACCUGUGUAUCCCAGGAGUUGGCAAACAGAAAGCACCGCAGACAUGCGUCUCCCGGAGCCGAUGGGCCCUCUGCUGCUUUCCCUCACUGCUAUUCCUGUUUCCUAUGUGGUGAAUUCUAUGUCUACCAUGUCAGACCCCAUCUCCAUAGCAGGAAUUGGUAUCUUAGUGCUUCUUGGUUUGCUGGUCUUGUUGGUCAUCUUUAUGCAAGGAGAUCCACCUAGUGAUCCCCUGUUCUAUGUUUUUGCUAUCUUCUCCUUUACUAGUGUCAUUGACCUGAUAAUAUGGCUGGAAGAAGAUGGAUACAUCAGUGGGUUCAUGGAGUUCUACAUGAAAGAGGGGGAGCCAUACCUCCGCACUUCACACGGAAUCCUCAUCUGUCUUUGGGACGGGACUGUGCAUUACCUGCUGUACCUGAUUAUGCUGGCAGCUAUAGCUCAAGGGAAGAAUUACAAGGCAGUGGGGCAGUUCUGGUUGGGCUCUCUAAUCAUGAGUAUGCUGGUUUUCCUGCCUGGGAAUGUGGUUGGAAAAUAUGGCACCGAAAUCCGCCCAGCUUUCUUCCUAAAUGCCCCCUAUCUGAUGCUCCCUUUCUGGGCAGGGAUGAGGAUCUUUCGAGAAAAACACUCCCUCGCUAAAACCCCAGCUGAAAAGGUGGAGAUGGCACACAGAGAGGGAAUUUUGCAACGGCCGCUGGAUAUAGCACUGAUCCUGUUCCUGCUGGCUGCUAUUGUAUUUACGGUCUUCAGAGGAAUGCUUGCACUUGACUGUCCUUCGGACUCCUGCUUCACCUAUAUUUACCAGUACGAACCAUACCUAAGGGACCCAGUGGCUUAUCCAAAGGUUCAGAUGUUGGUCUCUAUGUUCUAUCUGCUCCCAUUUCAAUGCUUGGCCAUCUAUGGUCUGCUGACCCCUGGUUGUUCUUGGAUGUUGGACUGGACUCUAAUAUAUGCUGGUGCUAUUGCACAAGCCCAGUUUGCGCACAUAGGAUCCUCCCUCUAUCACCGGACACCUUACACCUACCGUGUCCCCCAUGAUUCCUGGUGGGUGUUUAUGAUCUCCAAUGUUCUGUAUGCCCUGGGACCCCAGCUCCUGGCCUACCGAUGUCUACGUAAUCCAAAAUACUUUCUACAGAGGACAUCGCAGUCAGCAGAGGAUGGAAAGAAGCAAGAUUAGGAAGGAAACAUUGAGAGACUUAAAAUACCUGUGCAUUCUGAAGGACUCUAAAACAUUCUGGGGUAAUCCCACAGGUACCGGAGCCACAUCAUGUGCGUCUCUGGCUUAAUGGCAUAAUUUGCUUCGUUAUACACUGUGGAACCUUUUGUGAAGGAUAAUAGUCUAAAAGAUGGCUGUACACAUGACUGGGCCAUCUGUCAGAGACUGGAGUGAGAGGUGGGGAAGUAUGUUCGUGUUUUGUUCCUAGUAACACAAUGAUUAGUGGAUCUGAAGACUGUUCAGAGAAGUGAAUCCUUUUAUUAGACCUUUUUCUUACAUGUAAUAGUUCUAAACUCAUUGGGUUUCUAGUUAAAAUAUUCUUCUGUUCUUUUAUUGAUAAUUAUUCUGGAUCUAGAUCCACUGACUGUCAGCUUAUACUUUGUUCGUCCCCUUGUAUUACUUCUUUCCACUAACAAUCAGUUGCCCAGAUUCUAAUAUGCACAGUUGCACACCCCUGCCAAAUCCUUUAUUUAAGACUUUACACGAACCAAUACAACCAGUAACAUUACCUUUCUUCAAAAAAACUACUGCUGUUAAAUAAAAGGUGUGUUUAUCUCAA